AGGAGCUGUGCGACUGCCGCAAGCCUAUUGAAGACCCGCAGGCGCUGCUGCAGCUGCUGCAGCGGCGGCUGGUGCCUGAGAGUCUAGCAGCAUCAGCAAGCGGCAGCAAAAGAAGCAAGACAAUUAAAGCAGUAUUGAAGUGGACUAUGGCUUCAAUUUGGCUCGUGGCCUUUUUGGUGUCGGCGAGUUGGCUGGUGUGGCAGCUGGCAUUUGCUGAAACAGAAGAUGACCAGUGGUCACAGCGGUGGCUCUCUUUUGCCUGCUUCGGCCUUUGCCUUUUGGUGCUGCCCUGGGGCCUCGGCGAAGUGCUGCUGUCGCUGCAGCACGCCAAAGCGCGCAAAGACCCCGCAGGCGCAGCAAAAAUGCACGCAUUCCAGCCCGCCCGUGAGGCGCCGCUGUUGCUGCUGCUGCUGCUAAUGCUGCUGCUGGUGGUGCUAAUGGGGGGGGCUGAUGCUAAUGCUGCUGCUGCUGAUGCUCAUGCUGAUGCUGCUGCUGCUAAUGCUGCUGGCACUGCUGCUGCUGCUCGGCUCUCUGCAACGCUGCGGCACCUGCUGCUGGGCUGGCUGCGGCUGCGGCUUGCUGCUUCUCGGGCCCCACAGAUUGCAGCAACUUGUCUUUGUCUUUGUGCAUUUCGGAGAUUGAAUUUGCUGUCUGGAGGGGCCCUUGCGAGGCCCCCAGAGACCCUAAAGGGGGGCCCCCAGGGGGCCCCCAAGGGGGCCUCCAAGGGGGGCCCCCGGGGGGCCCCCAAGACCGAAAAAGAAGAAAAAAAAGAAGCAAAAAAACUCAAACCUGAUGCCCCCCUUUUCCCUCCCCCCCCUUUUGCUGCUUUCAGCUUCGACGCGCCGCCGGAGCUGCUGAGCGAUGCAGCAGCAGCAGCAGCAAGCAAUAAGGACAAAAGCAGCACACUGGCGGGCAGGCAGCAGCAGCAGCAGCAGCAGCAGCAGCAAAUUCUCAUUCCGGUGACUCUCGCAGACGGGGGGACCUCGUCCGUUGCAGCUGCUGUCUCGCCGGCAGCAAUUCUGCAGCAGUCCCCAAGUGCUGUGCUGCAGCAGGACAGCAGCAGUCCCAGGCAGCAACAGCAGCAGCCAGUGGUGCUGCUGCAGCUGCCCGCCAGUGGGCCCCAGGGGGCCCUCUCAGGGCCCGCAGCAAGCAUGCUGCACAAGAAGCUGCUGCAGCACUGGCAGCAGGAGCAGCAAACCCUGACACAGAAGACGAAGACGCGGAGGCCCUCCUUCGUUGUGCCGCUGCAUCACCCCCCUGAACCCAGAAGCCAGCAGCAGCAGCAGCAGCAGCAGCAGCAGCAGCAGUUUCUGCAGCUACCUGCACCUACCCAGUAUGACCGCGUGCAUGCAUCCGAAGUCCCAAACAACUCUUGGCAAAUCACUGGAGUCCACGGCGCCCCCAAUCUGCUGCUGGCUUGUUCUUCGCCGGCCAGCAGCAGCGCGUCGUUCUGCAGCAGCAGCUGCUCGGGCAGCAGCAGCAGCAGCAGCAGCAGCAGCUGUGGCUGCCGCUGGAGCUGCUGCUUUCGUAGCGAUAAUAGGAAACCGCGUGCCCCGGCCGAGCCUCUGCCUCUUGCCCAACGCUGCCUGCCGCAAAACAAUGGUGGCAGCAGCUGCUGUAGCAGCAGCAGGCGCAGCAGCAGCAGCAGCAGCAGCUACUGCGACAGGGAAACGCAGCAAAACCCCACAGCUCAUAUCACAGCCCCUCUAGACAUCCCCUUGUGCCCCCCAAAUGACUUUAGUGAUCCCACAGGGGAAUGUGCUUCCACGGUGUCUUUGGAAGGGCUGGAGGGCCUGCGGCUGAGGACUAGCAGCAGGAGCAGCAGCAGCAACAGCAGCAGCAGGAGCAGCAGCAGAAGUGAUGGAAAGAGAAGCAGAAGCUGUCCAGUCAGGACCAGCCUUCCUGCUGCAGUACAAGCUCCUGCUGCUCACCAGCAGCACCGCGGGCAGCAGCAGCAGCAGCAGCAGCAAAGCAGAGUCAGCAGUGGAGCUGUCCGGCUGCUGCAGCCCGCGCUGCAGCACUCCUCCUUCUACUCUUCCUCAGGCUCUCCCAGGGGGGGCCCCCCCCGAAGGCGGCCUUCGUGGAAUGGAGCAGCUCAGUACCCAAGGGGGCCCCCCCGGGGGGCCCCCUUGGGCGCUGAGCUGUUUGCUGCUUCUCCCCACAGCCGCAGCAGCAACCGCAGGCUGCUACCUGCUGCUGCUGCUGCUGAAGACCCCCAGGAGCGGCCAGGGGCCCCCAGCAGCAGGGGGGCCCCCAGCAGCGGUACGGGGCUGGAGGACUCGGGGGGGCAGAGCACGGCUAUUUUUAGCAGCACGAACAGCAGCACCAGCAGCAGCAGCACGAGCAACGGGAGCUUCGGCAGCAGCGCCGUGAGGCCGCACAAGGCGCUGCAGAUGCUGCACCUGCUGGCAGCAGCAAAAGCACAAGUUGUUGUUGGGGGAGAAGUGCAGCAGCUGCACUCCCCCAUAGAUGUGCUGCUGUAUGGGACGCAGCUGUUUCAAGAGCUGCUGGACUUUCACCGCAUGCUGCAGUUGGGAGAUCUGGGAUCGGGAUCGGGAUCGAUUCCGGGCUCCUCCAGCGCCUCCCAGCAGCAGCAGCAGCAGCAGCAGCAAGGCGAGCCUGUCGUGCUGCUGCCAUCCGCAUCCGCACACAGCUUCCUCAGCCGAGAAGCAGCAACAGCUCCUGCAGCAGCUCCAGCAGCAGCAACUCCUUCCCAGCGCAGGCCAAGUUUCCAGGGGCUUUCUCCGGGGAGCUGGAGCGACAGGGGCCCCCGAGGGGGCCCCCCAGGGAGGCCCCCGGGAGGCCCCCUGGGGGGCCCCCUGGGGGGGGGGCCCCCAGGGGGCCCCUUUCCCGCGUCUUACCGCCGCUACAGCAGCAACGCAGCCUCCCAAGGGGAUGACUGGAGAGGCGAGGAGAGGUACCUGCGAAGCAACAGCAGCCGCAACAGCAGCAGCAGAUACCCUUUGCUGCACUCGGAGGCGCUGACCUGGGACCCUCCGUACAGAGCAGCAGCAGCAGCAGCAGCAGACCGGUCUCCAGCUGAGCUGCAGCUUCCGCCGCCAACUCCGCAGUUUUCAGCAGCUUCUGCAGCGCCAAGAGCCUCAGAUGUCGAGCUGGAGACUUCUGCUGCUGCUGCUGCUGCUGCAGCAGACAGCGGCAGGACAGAGACGCAGCAGUGGAGGAUAGAGCCAAGUAGCAGCGCGUACGGAGAAGUCACCCACACCCAGCAGCACCAGCAGCUGAUGCAGCAGCAGCAGCAGGUGCAGCCGCUGCAAAUGCAACCGCACUUGCAGCAACGGCGGCAACAGCACUUGCAGCAGCAGCAGAUGCUACGGCGACAAGAGCAGCAGCAGCAGCAGCAGCUUGUUGCUGCUCAGAGCCAGAAGGCAAGUCAAGACCUGCAGGGCUCUGAGGCUUCCGUUUACUCGCAAGUGCCUGGGGCACCGGAAGGUCAGCUGCUGCAGCAGCUGCAGCAGCUGCAGCAGCAGCAGGAGCAGCUGCGCCUUCGGAGUGCCCGCCUGCUGCAGCAGCAGCAACAGCAGCCGCAGCAGCAGCAGCAGACACAGCUGGCCGGGCGGCCCCCAGGGGAAGACUGGCAGCAAGGAGCGGGGGCCUCCGUGCUGCAGGGCAGCGAACAAAUCGGCAGCUCAAAUUACUUCGCGCUGCCAACUGCUGCUGCUCUUUUUAAAACAGCAGCAGAAGCAGAUCUUACUCGCGAGAGUCUGUCUCCCCAGUGCAGCGUGGGGAGGCCUUCGGCGCAGGGCGUUUUGCCCUUUGCUGCAGCAGCAACGGACCGUCUCGCCGCGCAGCAGCAGCAGCAGCAGCGCAGCAGCAGCAAAGACACCCCAAACAACGCCACCAGCGGCAGCAACUCCUCGCGGCUCUUUACCUUCAAUCCUGAAAGGCUAGAGAGCGCAGGCAUGAACACUUUGGCUGGUAGCGGGGCCCUCAGGGGCCCCCCUGGGGGCCCCCCCGGGGGCGCCCACGGGGGCCCCCAGGGGGGACCCCCUGGGGGCCCCCUGGGCUCUGCCCCCAGCUGGGGGCCCCCUUCUGAGCCUGUCUUCUUCCGCUCUUCAGAGCAGCAAACUUCAGAGGUGCUGCAGCCAAACAACAGCUCCUAUUCUGCUGUAGAGAGGCCCCUGGGGGAGGAAGAAGUGGCCUCUAGGGGCACGGAG